AGCAAUAUUAAUUGUAAGAAAAGUAAGACUGCUUUCCAAAUCUUUAUAUUAACCACACUCAUUCAUUCUUCAAACCCAAUCGCACUAAUAUUUACAAGAAAGUGAGAAACAAAAACAAUCUACAAAAAUCUUGUUUUCUCUCAUACAAAACACUACUCUCAAUAGUCAAACAUGACAAUCAUGGAAUCACAACAAACAAAUAAAAACAACAACACAAUAAUACUAAUGGUCCCUUUUCCGGCCCAAGGCCAUCUCAACCAGCUUCUCCACCUAAGCCGUCUUAUGACCACCUACAACCUCCCUAUCCACGUCAUCACCACCACCACCCACGGCCGUCAAGCCACCACACGAAUACCACUUUCCAUCCCCACUAUCCAUUUCCACCACUACCCAACACCACACUUCCCAUCUCCACAACCCGACCCAAAUGCCACUAUCAAAUUCCCUACACAACUAAUCCCAGCUUUCCAAUCUUCCAUGCAUUUAAGACAACCUUUUAAUGAGUUACUUUCAAACCUUUCGCGUGACGCGAAAAGGGUUGUUGUGAUCCAUGAUUACCUCAUGGGUCCUGUAGUUCAAGAUGUUAAGUUGGUUGAUAAUGUUGAAGCUUAUAUGUUUUCUUGUUGUUCUGCUUUUGCUUCAUUUUGUUACAUGAAUGAAGCAUUAGCUGGCAAGCUUAAAGUUGAUGAAGAACUCGAAUUAUUAUUAAAAGAUGUUCCUUCUAAUGAUGAUUGUUAUACUAUGGAUGCUUGGCAAUUCAUUGCUUCAACAGAUGUAUCUUAUAAGAAGUUUUCAUCUGGUACAAUUUAUGAUGCAAGUAGGGUUAUUGAAGGCAAAUUCAUUGAUUUAAUUCAGAAAGAAGAUGAUCAAAAACUUUGGGCUCUUGGCCCGUUCAACCCGGUUGAGAUAACUCAGGAUUCAAGUCAUAAAAGACAUAAAUUGUUCGAAUGGCUUGACAAACAAGCGCCUAAUUCGGUACUCUAUGUUUCAUUUGGCACUACAACUUCAAUAAGCAAUGAGCAAAUACAAGAGCUUGCUUUGGGUUUAGAGAAAAGCGAGCAAAAAUUUAUUUGGGUGUUGAGAGAUGCGGAUAAAGGCGAUAUAUUUGAAGGUGAGGUUAGAAAGAUUGAAUUGCCAAAAGGGUUUGAAGAGAGGGUGGGAGAGAAUGGGUUGGUGAUAUUGGACUGGGCGCCUCAGUUGGAGAUACUGGGACACCCGUCCACUGGAGGAUUUAUGAGUCAUUGUGGGUGGAAUUCGAGUAUGGAGGGUAUGACUAUGGGUGUUCCUAUUGCUGCGUGGCCGAUGCAUUCUGAUCAGCCACGCAACUCUAUGUUGAUAACUAAGGUGUUAAAUGUUGGGAUUUAUGUAAGGGAUUGGACUCAAAGAAAGGAGAUGGUGAGUUCGAAGGUGAUAGAAGAUGUCGUUAGGCGGUUAAUGGCGUCGAACGAAGGGGAUGAAAUACGGAAAAGGGCGGCCGAGCUUGGUGAUAGGGUCCGGCAAUCUAUGGCGAAUGGUGGUGUUACGCGGUUAGAAUUGGACUCAUUUGUUGCCCAUGUUACAAGGUAAUUGGACUCAUUUGUUUGUCCUAUAUAAAAUGUCCAUAUCAUGGAGAGUGAUGUAAACGAUAAAAUAGUAUGAGAUAAUGUUUAAAAGUAAGUGCAUCAUAAAUUAUGUCAAUCUUUGUAACAUCAUUCAACGCUUUCUAAAUCAGUGUUUUGAAAGAGA